AUACUCUAAUACAAUAUUGUAGUAUAAACAGACAGAAAGAGAGAGAAAGAGAGUUUCCUACUCUUCUCAUCUCUCUCUCUCUCUCUCUCUCUCUCUCUCUCUCUCACUCACUCACUUCAUACAGUCUCAUUCUCUCAUCACACACUUGUGUACACACAGACAUGGGACCAUACCAUUGUCCUUAGCUUCAAACUUGAGCCUUUUUCCUGCACGACAGGAUCCGACUCUGCCGCUGCUUUCUUCACUCUCUCCCUCACUUAUUACUUCUUCUUCAACCUUUCUUUUUUUUUUCUAUCUCAUCUCUCAAACUAUAUACCCUAGCCUCUCAUAUAUACAUGAAAAAUGGAUGACCACCAUAACAAUCAUGGUCAUCAUCACCAUCACCAUCACCAUCAUCAACAUCAACAUCAACAACAAUAUGAUCUAAGACAGCUAGUAAAUGGAACAAGGUCAACCCAUUUCCCAUCUAUACCGACAGCGGCUACGGAUGAGUUUUUCUCCGGUCACCGGAAUCUGACAGCUUUGUUAACUACUACUCAUCCACAGACACAUCAAAACCAGUAUGAGAUGAUGAUGUUAGGGCGUGGAGUAGUUCUUGAAGAUUUCAAUAGUAUCACUACUCAUGUACCACCACCACCUUCAACAACAAUAACAACAGCAACCACCACUGCUAGUGCUAGUGUUUCAACUCCUGAGACCACAGGUUAUAUGGGUGGAGAUGCAUCCACUGGAAGAUGGCCAAGACAAGAAACUCUUACUCUUCUUGAAAUCAGAUCUCGUCUUGACCCUAAAUUUAAAGAAGCUAAUCAAAAAGGUCCUUUAUGGGAUGAAGUCUCUAGGAUAAUGUCUGAAGAACAUGCAUAUCAAAGGAGUGGAAAAAAGUGCAGAGAAAAAUUUGAGAAUCUGUACAAAUAUUACAAGAAGACAAAAGAAGGUAAAGCAGGAAGGCAUGAUGGUAAGCAUUACAGGUUUUUUCGUCAACUUGAAGCUUUAUAUGGUGAAAACAGUAACCAAACUUCUCUACCAGAAACCAAUUUUGUCAACAACAAUAAUUUCCAUUUCCAACAAACAAGUAAUAGCCAAAACCCUCACAAUGAUCAUAGCCUCAGUCUCACUACUAACUCAACUGACUUUGAAAUCGAUACGUCGUCGUCUGAUGAUGGAAAUGAUGUGAAGGGAAAGAGGAAGAGUAGUGGAAGAAGAAGUUGGAAGGUGAAGAUAAAAGACUUCAUUGAUGCACAAAUGAAGAAGCUUGUGGAGAAGCAAGAGGAGUGGUUGAGUAAGCUUGUGAAAACACUUGAGGAUAAGGAAAAGGAGAGGGCGUUAAGAGAAGAAGAGUGGAGGAAACAAGAGGCCAAAAGGGUAGAAAAAGAACAAAAGUUUUGGAGUAAUGAGAGAGCAUGGAUUGAAGCAAGGGAUGCUGCUUUAAUGGAAGCUUUGAAGAAUUUAGGAGGUAGAGAAAUGGUUAAGGUUGAAGAAGCUCAUGAUCAUAAGGGUGUAAAUGUAAUAACUGGAGCAGAGAUUCAAAAUCAAAAUGAAGAUGGGAGUGAAAUCUUGAAUAGUACUGUGAGAGGUUCUGAUAAUUGUACUCCAAGGGAUGAUUCUAAAGAAGGAAACAGAAAGAGAAAGGAGAGUUUUUACUUCAACAAUAAUGAACAAUGUUCUAUGUACAAUCAAGGAAGUGGUUAUUGUGAUGUUAAUGAUCAAAGAGAGGAGAUUGUGAAACUUCAAAGGAAUGAUCAUGGUUCUUCACCUUCUGAUUCUAAUGUUGGAAAUGUUGCUAAUGGUGAUACUUGCUUUCCUUUCAUGAUUAGUGAGGGUGGAAAUUUGUGGGAGAAUUUUGGCUUGAAGAUCAAUAAAGUAAACCAAAACCAUUAACCGAUGAGGGUUUAUGUAUAGAUAUCGAUGAUUGUUAAACGAUCGAUCUAAAUGCAUGUCUGGAUUGACAGUGAGUUCGGCAGAAUCACAAUGAACCACCUUGAUUUUGUAAAAAUCCGUUACACUUUAAAGCUUUUACGAAAUCACGGGGUGAUUGUAAUUUCGUCAAACUCACUCCAUGAUUCCAAAUAUGUAUUUGAUGUGUUUAAGGGAAUUCUAGUAGAAAAAUAAUGUGUUCAAGUUUAGUGAUGGAGAUAAAGUGGAAAAGUUCACUUGCUUAUUGGAAUAUGACAAAAGAUCAUGUGAGUUUCUUUACUUUAAUGCAUGAAGAUGGGAUUGAAAUUGUAUUAUUGCUAUGUAUGUUUGUCCCUUCAGUUAUUAUGUUUACAUCAGUUGGUUACUGUUUUCA